GGAGAAGGGAAUUCUGGGAAGCAGGAAGGCCCAGAUCCUCUGCCACCCAAAACCGCUUUGGAGGAUGGGCUCUGUGUCCCCGGGAGCCCCGCUAUUCAGCAAGGGGCCCAUCAUUGCAACCAGGAGCGUUUUCUGGUCCACCUCAUCUCGGGGGCUUGGGGUGGGUUCUCCCACCCGCUCCUCAAGAAAAAUCAGCCAUGUUCUCUGCUGGCAGGGAUUCUGCCCGUUGCUACGAGGAGCUCAGCAACAUUUGCUCGGAGCAGGAUAACUACAGCCAAAGCCGGCAGCUCCUCUUCCAGGAAGGUGGGCCUGGAACAGCAGUGGGAGGGGCCGAACUCCCCCAUCGCAAGCAUCAGCGGAGGCUGCUGGAACAACGCCCAUUGGGCGUGAUUCCCUACCUGGGCACCUUCCUGAAAGACCUGGUGAUGCUGGAUGCGGCCACCCCCACCCGCCUGCAGACCAGCGGCUACAUCAACUUUGAGAAGCACCGGAAGGAGUUUGAGAUCCUCACCCGGCUGCGCCUCCUGCAGGCCAAAUGCCGCAACUACGCCUUGGUCCCCGACCGGGCCCUCCAGCGAUGGCUGCAGUGCCUGCCCCUCCUCAGCGAGGCCCAGAGUUAUCAGCUGUCUUGCACCAUUGAGGCCCCCAGCGAGGGAGGGGCUCCCCCCAAGCCCAGCAAGCCCACCUUGGUGAUCACGCGCUGCACAGACUUGAUCACCUCGCUGGGAGUGAGUGCCCCCCUGCCCUGGGACAGAACUGGCUCCCCCCAAGUCUCGCCCAAUCGAUUGGGCCCUUCGUCUCCCUCCCCCACUGCCCUGGGGGGCUCUCCCCAAUCAGUCCAGGUGAGUCAAGACUGCCCCUCCUUCCUCCAGACUCUCCCAUUCUGCUCCUUCUGACGGCGGGGGGGAGGCUGACCCCCGAAGUGAAAAGACCUCAGAGUCAAGGGUGGCUGAGCCAACUGCC